AUGGGCAGCAGAUUCUUCUUCUGGUCGUCUUGUCUGUUGUUAAGCAGCAAAGUAGAGGACGAGGACGAGGACGAGGACCAGCGAGAUCGACACGGGCAAGGAAAAGAACGACUGCAGCGGCAACGCCUGUUCAAGUCAGUCUCUCUCUUCUUAUAUCUCUGCUAUAGUCUUCCUUCUUCUGUCUCUUGUUAUAUCUUCUCUUGUAAGUCCUCCUUCAACCCCUCAUCCAGGCCAGGUCACCAGAAGAGCAGGCGAGAAACGAGGGAGAAAAGACAAGAAGACAAGAAAGACAAGAAAGGAGGGUUUUGGGUUGUGCGGCGGUUUGGAAAGGAAGAAAAAAGUGUGAGAAAGGAAGAAAAAGGGAAGAAAAGGAAAAGGAAGAGAGAGAGAGAGAGAGAAGAA